CAAAAACUCCACGAUAAAAACAACCAAAAAAUAUAUAUUAAAUAAAUAUAUAUAGAAAAAUUUUGUUAUUUAAUAACAAUACAAAAGAUAGUAAAACCUUAAAGAUUGUAAAACAAUUUAACAUUGACCUUGAGAAUGUGGUUUGAAAUUCUAAUACUUCCAGCGGUAUAUUUUUUAGUGGUGUUUUACCGUUGGGGCACAAAAAACCAUGAUUUUUUCAAAAAACGCAAUAUACCCUAUGAGAAACCGUCGUUUAUUUUUGGAGGUGGCGCUGAGAUGAUUUUCCGAAAGAAAUCAGUGGUUCAAGUGCAACACGAAAUACACAAUCGACAUAAUGGAAUGGCGUAUGGGGCCUUUGACAAUCGUGAGCCUAUCCUUAUGCUUAAGGAUCCCCAAUUGAUAAAACAAAUAAUGAUCAAGGAUUUUGAUCAUUUUGUUAAUCGUCGUAGAUUCUUUAAUGAUAUGGAAAAUCUAUUCAGCAGUUCCAUACUCAUGAUGGAGAAUGAAAAAUGGCGUGAUAUGCGUAGUACUCUGAGUCCUGCCUUUACAGGCAGUAAAAUGCGUCAAAUGUUUCAAUUGGUCUUGCAGACUCUCGAUGAGGCCAUGAAGUAUUUGGAGGAGCGUUCAAAGGAAGCGGCCAAUACUGCAGAGGGCUUUGAGUUGGAUGUGAAGGAGUUCACAACACGUCUAAUGAAUGGCGUAAUAGCAUCAACAGCGUUUGGCUUGGAAGCCAAUUCGUUCAAGGAUGAAGGCAAUGAGUUCUAUAAGAGAGCCAAAAAGGCAGUUUCCUUUACACCAGCCCAGCAAAUUAAGGCCAUAUUUGCAAUGUUUUUACCAAAAGUGGCAAAGUUACUUGGCAUCAAAGUUUUUGACAAAGAGUUUAGCAAAUAUUUCAUGCAUUUGGUUUUGGACACCAUGAAAUACCGUCAGGAGAAUAAAAUUCGUAGAGCCGAUAUGAUUGAUUUGUUAAUGGAGGCCAAGGGCAUGAUACCUAGUGAUACACCUAAAACGAAGCAACACAAUUGGUCUGACCUGGAGAUUGUGGCCCAAUGUUUUCUAUUUUUCUUUGCUGCCCUAGAACCCCUGUCGACCGCCAUGAGUUUUGCAGUUCGUGAAUUGUUUGAAUAUCCAAAUGUUCAGGAGAAACUCCACGAGGAAAUUAGAAGCUACAAUGUGCAGUUGGAGGGUAAAGAGGUUACCUAUGAGUCUUUGCAGAAGAUGCCCUACUUGGAAAUGGUCAUCUCAGAGAUUUUAAGAAAAUGGCCUGUUACCCUAGCAGUUGAUCGCACCUGCACCCAAGAUUUCUCAUAUGAAUCCCCCGAAACGGGGGAACGCAUUGAAAUUUUCAAAGGCGAUUUAGUGCGUGCCAGCAUGAUUGCCAUUCACAGAGAUGCAAAGAAUUUUGAAAAUCCCGAUAACUUGGAUCCAGAACGUUUUAGUGAGGAAAAUAAAUCGCAAAUUGAUAGUGGCCUGUACUUGCCUUUUGGUUUGGGCCCUAGAAAUUGUAUAGGAAAUCGUUUUGCUUUGUUGGUGCUUAAGGCAUUUUUGUAUAAUUUAAUUUUGCAUUAUCGUCUGGAACCUUCAGCUAAAACUUGUCUGCCCACGAUAAUGGAUAAAAAGACUUUCCAGCUCAAACCUGUGGGUGGAUUUUGGGCACAAUUUAUACCGAGGGCAUAAAUUUUCAAACGA